CAAACCAGUGACUGAAUCAGAAAUACAAGUCAAGAGUUCUGACUACCAGUUUUGUCCUCUAUAAAAUAUUCCCCCCUCCCUCUGUGGGUUAAGAUUAGAGGGAGAAUCCUUAGGAAAAUCACAAGGUCAACACAAUCCCUAGGAAUGCAGUGGCUUUCUUUCUAGUCCUUACAGCGGAAUAAUUUUAUAGCCAAAUGUGUUUUUGCUGCAAGUUGCUUUUGACCAUCCCAGCAUUUUCUCUUUCCACACUCUGCAGAUCACCAGAUGUAUAACAGACCAUCAAAAACAACCAAAUAGUCUGCCUUCCUUGGCAUUUCAUCUGAGCAGAGAGGUCAAGCAAAAUGAUGUAUAAUUACUUCCACUCCUCCCUAAAUUCCACAUAUCUGGCAGAGCCACCAGUAACAUACCACAUCAACUACUCACAAGGUAUAGACCCAUGUUAGUCCAGUAGUUCCCAAGGAGAGAGAAAGAAGGGCAACUGACGAUUAGGAAAAAAAAAAAGGCACAAAAAUAUCUCUGAAAGAACUGAAUCUGCAUCACCAAUUUAAGUAAAUUAAAUAGGAGGAGUCAUGAAUUGCAAAAGCUUGAACAUUGGUUUUUAACCUUUGCAAAAUCACUUCCUUCUCUUCACCACACCUGUUUUAUCAGCGACGUUUCAUUGUCAGAUCAUAGUGUAAGCUAGCACACUAUAAGGAAAUACUAAAAUCUUCUCCAUUCAGCUGUGGAUGUUACGUGUUGCUUUUCACCAUUUCCAUAUGUUGAAGCUGUUUCUCUUCAUCUUUUUGACGUACCGGGUGAGAUCAGAUACAGAGCAAAAAUGUGAAGAGUUCACAGAUCUUAACAUACACAAUGCUUUAGCUGGGACAGCUCUAAAAGUGAAACUGCUGUUAUACACAAGGACAAACCAAAACUGUGCUGAGAGUCUCAGUGAAUAUAAUACAACAGCAUCUACAUAUCUGGAUGUGACCAAGAAAACUGUCUUUAUAGUCCAUGGCUUAAGACUAACAGGCUCUACACCAAUAUGGCUGAAUGACAUUAAAGAACUUCUGCUGUCUUUAGUGGACAUUAACCUCAUUAUAGUAGAUUGGAACAGGGGUGCUACGACUGUAAUUUAUCAUAAUGCUGUCCACAACACCAGAAGAGUUGCAGAAAUCUUGAAGAAAUAUAUUGACCAGAUGUUGGCAUAUGGAGCCUCUCUUGACUCUAUUUAUAUGAUUGGAGUUAGCCUUGGGGCUCAUAUAGCUGGAUUUGUUGGAGAAAUGUAUAAUGGUACACUUGGCAGAAUUACGGGUCUUGACCCAGCUGGCCCUUCAUUCAGUGGGAAACCACCAAAUGAGAGAUUGGAUCAUACAGAUGCAAAGUUUGUUGACGUCAUUCAUACUGAUAUAGAUGUUCUAGGCUUCAGGGAACCUUUAGGACAUAUCGAUUUCUAUCCAAACGGAGGAGCAGAUCAGCCUGGCUGUCCACAAACACUGUUUAGUGGAGCUCAGUUUUUUAAAUGUGACCAUCAGAGAUCUGUUUUCUUGUUCCUGUCAUCCUUGAGACGGAGUUGCAACAUAACAACAUACCCUUGUGAUUCAUACUUGGAUUACAAGAAUGGAAAAUGUGCCAACUGUGAAGCUUUUCAACCAAUGCCAUGUCCAGUACUGGGUUAUUUUGCUGAUAAGUGGAAAAACUAUUUAAUCCAAAAAGACCCUUCGGAGACAAAGGCUUAUUUUGAUACCUCAGGCCAAGAACCAUUCUGCAUGUAUUACUACUUUGUGGAUUUUAUUACUUGGAACAAAAGCAUUAGGAGAGGUUUCAUUAGAAUUAAAAUAACAGACAGUGCUGGAAACACAAUAGAAUCAAAAAUGAAUAGUGAAGCUGCUACAUUUCAGCAGUAUAGACAAGCCAGUAUCUUUGUUGGAUUUUAUGAGGAUUUUGACAAAAUAUCAAGAAUUUCCUUGACUUUUUCUACAAGGACUCUAAUAGGCCCAAAAUAUAAGCUCAGGAUUCUCCGAAUGAGGCUAAGAUCUACUACGGAUCCAGAAAGGAGCUUAGGUGUGAAGGCUAUCACAGUGAGAGAGGCAACUGUGGUAGUGACCUAAGAAAUGGAAGAGACAAAAUGAUUGGGUGUGGAGCCCGUGAGACGUACAUUAUCCUGAAGUGGGCACCUGAAAGGUGCUUUAUAUGAAGUGUCACCUGAUAGGGAUGAUGUAAAAGAAGAGUCGAGGUUUGGAAAUGCAGGUCGAAACUAUGGUUGAGCUUUGAAGAUGAUUUGAGCACAUGAUGGAGGGAAGGCGAGAGAAGGCUGAAGGGAAAACACAAGACUUACAGAUGUAAGCUGGACUGGAGAACUGUGAGGGUAUAUUGCUGGAGGAGGAAAGUGGUAAGUAGAAGCAUGUGACUGUCAGAACCAGGCAGAGGAGAACACCUGCUAUUGAAGAUGAAAUAGAGCUGAGGAACAGGUUUGCUGAAUUGGAAAAUGAAGAAGGAGUGCAGCAGGCAGUAACAGAGGUAGGAGGGUAAGGAAGAAGAGAAGAGGGAAUAGUCAUACAGAAAGAGGGGAAGAGACAGUGGAGAUAGCCAGUUUGGAGACCCAGAAGGAUAGAGAAUGUCUCGCAUAAGAUUGCAAGUGAGAACAAAAGACAGAAAAAACAGGAGGAGGAAGGCUGGUGCACUGCACAAUCCCAAGAAAGAGGCAGGUCUAUAUGAUUGUGGACUCUCUUCCAAAAAUGGACAGGCCUGUCACCAGAGCUGAUCCAAAGAACAGAAGAGUGUGCCAGGAGUUAAGAUACAGCACAUAGGCCUGAGGCUGGAGAGGAUCCUAUUGGGAGCAGGAAAGAAACCACUGAUGUUCGCGCGUGAAGGACAAAAUGAUACUGCUAGCUUCUCACCGGAAUGCAUCAAGAGAGACUUGCCAGGUUGGAGAAGAGGCUUAAAUAAAUGAAGGUUCAGAUAAUCUUCAGUGGAGUUCUGCCUGUCCCUAGAAGAGAAGAAUGGAGGUGAGACAAGAUUCUGAUUAUCAACAGAUGACGUGGGCAGUGGUGCUAUAAGGAGGACUUUGGGAUGUUCAACCACUGGGAGGCAUUCACAAACAGAGGACUGUUCUCAUUUCACCUGAGUAGGGACAGAAAUAGACUUCUGGGAUAGAGACUGGCACAAAUGAUUAGAAAGCUUUAAACGAGGAAUUUGGGGAAGAUGGUUAGGAGAUAUUCAUGUAAUCUGCAUGCCUGAUUCUAGUAUUGAGCAGGAGGAAAAUCAAGUAAGAGGAUAGAGCAAUGGAGAAAGGAAUGACGGAUAGUAAGGGAAUGGACAUCAAGAGGAAAGAUAGUGUCAUUGGUAUUACUGGCAGUAGAAUUAUUUAACCUAAUCAGACUAGGAAGCUGGGUGAAGCCAAGCAGAAACAACUAAAAUGUCUGUACACCAAUGCAAGGUGUCUGAGUAACAAAAUGAAGGAACUAGAAAUACUGAUGCAGAUGUGAAACCAGGUAUUAUAGGAUAACAGAAACAUGAUGGAAUUGUAAUCAUGACUGGAACACAGAUAUUGAAGUGUAUGUGCAGGCCAGGAAAGAUAGAAAUAAAG